AUGAAACAAAGCGAUAUUCCCCUGUACCUUCGAGACUUUUACGUUUCCAUCGUCAGGUACUGCUGCGCCCUCCUCUUCCUCAAGCUCACGUUUCUCUUCCAAUACUACCGCGUUCUGGCCGUCCAGCAUAUGCGCAUCGUUUAUCUCGUCGCCAUUUUCAUCGUCGGGGGCUGGGCCCUCUCCCAAGUCCUGGUGGGCAUCUUCAUCUGCACUCCCAUCCGCGCGUUUUGGCUCGGGGUGCCCGAUAUCGAAGGUGCCACGUGUAUUCCAAACAUACCUCAAUGGUACAUCAAUGCCGCGGGCAAUAUCGUGACGGAUGUGGCUGUCUUUGCGCUGCCUUUGCCGGCUUUGUGGAAGUUGAAGCUGGCCAAAGGUCAGAAGUAUGUGUUGAUCGGCAUUUUCAGCUUGGGCUUCUUCACCGUCAUCAUCUCCAUGAUCCGGAUCAAGUGUCUUCAACUGUACGGAAACUUCCCCUGGGAAAACGUCACGUCCUCCCUCUGGUCCGUUGGCGAGCUGACCUCGGCUAUCACUUGCGCCUGCCUGCCUACCCUCCGCCCCUUCUUGGCGACCUACUUCCCCAGAUUGGCAUCGGCCAUUGGUGGUAGCAGGGCUCAUCCCACGGGCGCUAUGAGUGCCGGCGUUGCUGUUGAUGGAACCGGCCGCAUCCGAACAGUGGAUCCCGAAACGGGCGUUUACUACGUCGGCAGAGGACAGCACUCGCGCGCCCGCAGUGGCGCGAAAAAAGGUGCGGCGGUAACGGUCGAGUACUCUGACGGGACCGGUAGUGAGGUUUAG